ACUUAUUCCAGAGGCUGAUCAGACCCCUUCUUUUGGGGUCUCACUCUAUUUAUUUUCACCCUCACUCACCUCUCUCUCUUACAAACAAGAACAGAACAGCAAACCAAGAACAGGAGAAUCAAAGAUUAAAACACACAGCUUUUUUCUUCUUCCAAUCAGUUUCCUGAACAGAUCAACAACAAAAAGUAGAACUUUUGAAGAGCCGAUCGAGUUUGUUCAGAAUGAAGCGUUUAGAAGAUUGCAAGCCAUUGAUGGCGAUGGUUGCCAUAGAUUUGGCUUUCGCCAUUGUGAAUAUUCUGCUCGAGGCAGUUCUUGAUCAUGGAAUGAACCAUUUGGUUCUCAUCACUUAUCGUCUCUCAGUCGCUUCCAUUUCCUUAGCUCCAAUUGCUUACUUUUGCGAGAAAGAUGGCAGAGCCAAUAUCUCUGUUCGUAUCCUCUGUUACUUGUUCUUCAGCGCCAUUGUUGGGGCUUCACUCACCCAAUACUGCUUUCUUCUGGGUAUCCAACAUACCUCUGCCACUUUUGCUUGUGCGUUUGUUAACUUAGUCCCUGUGGUUACUUUUCUCCUCGCUCUCCCAUUUGGGUUAGAGACAGUGAAGUUGAAAUGCAGCAGUGGGAGAGCGAAGAUAAUCGGCACGGUGGUGUGUAUCUCCGGUGCGGUGUUGUUGACGGUGUACAAAGGUCCAGCAUUGCUGAACGAUUCAUACUCCAUUGCCGCCAUCGCCGCCUCACACGGCGGCGAUGUAAAGCUGAAGAAGACAAGGGAGAGCUGGACAGUAGGCUGCAUAGCGUUGGUCGCCGGAACUCUGCUCUGGUCUUCGUGGUUUCUGUUACAAUCGAACAUCGGGAAGAGAUAUCCGUAUCAGUAUUCAAGCACCGCCAUCAUGUCCGGCUUCGGCGCCAUCCAAUCCGCCGUGUUGAGCCUCUCCACCGGCGCGAAGUCCUCCGCUUGGGCGCUCACCGGAAAGAUUCAGAUUCUCACUGUUCUGUACACAGGAAUGAUCGGAUCGGGCAUGUGUUUCGUGGGAAUGUCAUGGUGUGUGAAGAAGAGAGGACCAGUGUUCACGGCGGCGUUCAGCCCAUUAGUUCAAAUAAUGUCGGCCAUGUUCGACAUCCCCAUAAUGCACCGACCACUCUAUCUCGGAAGCUUGUUGGGUUCGGUGAGUGUGAUAAUUGGACUCUACAUUCUACUAUGGGGGAAGAACAAAGAGAUGGAGACCUCCACUUCAAAAGUAGUGGUAGUGGAGGGAAUUACAACGACAACAAACACUACUCAAGGCUACUCAAGAUCAUAUGAUUAAGAACUUACAAGAUCAACCAUAAGAAGAUGAAAUCAUGAUAUGGGAUUGUGUAAUUUGACCUUUUUUUUCGACGGAGAGGUGAAAAAAAAAACAUCGAGAAGGAAAUUAGGCUUUAGUUUUAAAAGUUCCUAUCGUUGAUCGAAAUCAAACAUUAUAAUAUAUUAUCUACCCGUCAAAUUAUGAAUAUAACACUAUAAAUAUAGAGAAGUUAAUUAACAUAUUGUGUU